UAGAAAAUCGGUAUAGUGCACUGCGGGAGCCAGACUCGAUCGGACGGUUGAAAGGAAGAGUUGCAAUGAACAGGAUACGAAUCCAUGUUUUGCCAUCAAGUCGGAACCGGGUGACCCAGACACCCCGACCUCAGGAGCCUCAGGCCUGCUCCUUCACCCAGCGACCCUGCUCUCAGCCCCGUCUGGAAGGCCUGGAGUUCUGUAUCAAACACAUUCUUGAGGACAAGAAUGCCCCAUACAAGCAGUGCAGUUAUGUCUCUGCCAAGAAUGGCAAGCGCUGCCCCAACGCUGCACCAAAAGUCGAGAGGAAAGAUGGAGUGACAUUCUGUGCAGAGCAUGCUCGCAGGAAUGCCAUGGCUCUCCGAGCUCAGAUGAGAAAGGCGUCUUCCGGUCCAUCCCCAGAGGCACUGUUGUCUCAGCUUAGUGGAUACAACCGUGCAGAGACACACAGCCUUGACGGAGGUCGUUCUGAAGCAAGUCGUAUUCUAGAUGAGGACAGUCUGAGUGAGGAGGAGCAGGGACCAUUGGUACUUGACCAGACAUGGAGAGGAGACCCUGACAGUGAAGCCGACAGUGUUGACAGUGAUCAUGAGGAUCCUCUGAAACAUGCAGGAGUAUACACAGCAGAGGAGGUGGCUCUCAUCACUCGAGAAAAACUCAUCAGGCUCCAGUCCCUCUACAUUGACCAGUUCAAACGCCUGCAGCACCUGCUGAAGGAGAAAAAGCGCAGAUACCUGCACAACCGCAAAGUGGAGCACGAAACUCUUGGGAGCAGUCUGCUGACAGGCCCUGAAGGUCUGUCAAUGAAGGAAAGAGAGAACCUGAAGAAGCUCAAAGCUCUGCGCCGAUACCGUCGUCGGUAUGGCGUGGAAGCCCUGCUGCACCGGCAGCUGAGGGAAAGGAGGCAGGCUGUGACAGAAGGAGCUCCUCAGCCACACUCAAGAACAGUCUAUGAGAAAUGCAUCUCCUUUGUGGAGGGAACCCGAUGUACCAAUCCCUGCCUGCCUAUGACCCGGCACUGUCUCUCACACAUCUACCAGGACAGCAAUCAGGUGCUUUUCAAAAUGUGUCCAGGCCUGAAAGAUGUUCCCUGUGACCGUACCGUGCACAUGGGUCAGUCUGACGAUCCUCGCUGCCCACUUCACCUCACCCUGCCUCCCCCCAUGUACCAGCCUGAGCAGGAACCUCCACCACAGGAUCAGCUCACCCUUGCAAGCAAAGACAUGUAUCUGAGUGCAGCAGAGCUUCAGCCCACAGAGAGCCUUCCCUUAGAGUUCAGUGAUGACCUGGAUGUGGAAGGGGAUGGUAUGCAGGGCCCUCCGUCCCCUCUUCAGUUUGACACAGCCCUGGCCCUCGAGGACCAGACCAUCAGAGCCAUUGCUGAGGCCCCAAUGGACAUCCUUACUGGAGAAGACCCAGACCAGGUCGACCUGGAUGCCUCAGAAAGAGAUGUGGAUGCCAUCAUGGAUGACCAGGUGGUGUCAGAGGUUGUAGGAGGUGAAGAAGACGCCACUGAUAAUUCACUCCAAGACAUCGACGCUGCCACAGUUGAUGCUCCCAGAUGAACAAACUCGACCUCUUCAGCAUUAUCAAACGAACAAGUUUCACUUUAUAAGACUUCAUAAUACAGCCCGUCAUAACGGUCAUCUCAUUGGGGAAAUCGGGUACAUACCAUUCCUACUGGUGCUUAAAAUGUCGGUACAGUGGAUGAAAACAAGAGCAUGGGAACAUGGGAGUCACAGUUAGACAUUUCAGAGUUCAGGCUACCUACAGGGUACAGCACUGAGAAACACAACCAAAGUUGGGAAAAAUGGUGUUAACAAACUUGUGUAAUAAAAGAGUUAUAAGGGGACAACAGCCACACAUUAUAUUAAAGCCAAAAUACCUUAUUACUGUAUAAUGUAAAAUACAGUUUGUAGUUUCAUUCAUUAACAAACAUUAGUGCAGUGUGUAGGAGAUAAUCAUAAAUAAAAAAGGGGCACGCCCCUCAUACUCCAGUGAUUUAUUCAUGUCUCUCACGUCUCUAGGGCAUUGUAUGAUUUGAAAUAAAAACAAGUUAAGAAUUGGGUCUAUACUUGAACUAAAAUUUGCUGCUAGCAGGCAUGGUCGUCCAGCACUGCAGCAGCUUGCUGGAGUGGAAAACUAACAUACCUUAGCUAUAGAAGGUUUCUAUUGUCAUCUGAGGAGGAAAGUCAUGUAGUAAUAUUACAAAGAUGUAGGAGGAUCAAACAUGGCUAAUAUUUAAUGUUUGAUAAGGAAUCUAGUCGUCAUUUUGAACGAACAGAAUAAGGUAUGUGGGAUGAAUAUAGUGUGUAGCUCUUAAUACCCUUUUUAUAUUUUAAUACCCAGUAAGAAAAACUAGUCCCAAUAUUAUUCAUUUCCCCUUUCCCCUUGUUUGCUGUCACUCUACCUACAUUUAAAGGACAGGUUCACAAUUUUCAAGUCUUUCAUAAACAUCACAUGCCUAUAUAUAUAUUGAAACCAUCACUGGUUGUAAUUGCCACAAAGAGAUCCCAUUUCAGUGUAACAGUUGGGACAAAAUCCUCAGUCCUCAAAAACUCACUGUAAAGCUAAUAUGAGACUUACCAGUCGAAAUCCAUAAGUAAUGUGAAGCUAUCCUUUUAAUACCGGUGGGAAACAGUAAAUAUCAUAUUGGUACCUACAAUAAGUUGUUGGCUGUGUUACGAAGUGUUCCCCAUGUUUCAUUUCCACAAAGACUGAUACAGAGUUGACCUUUUCAUAGAGGUCAUCCGCAGAAGAAUGACGUUUUCAGGUCAUUUCCAAUAGACAAUUAGACCACAUGUUCAUUGAUUGUACUACUUUGUCAUGUGGGUGUAUUUAUUGUGUUUUCAUGUUUCUGUCUGGGUUGAAUUUUUGCAUCUGUUAAAACAAAAAAAAAAAGGACACUCACAUCUCAUCCACAAAUAAACUAUUUUCUG